GUGGAUGAUUCAGAGGUUCUACAAUUCUAUGACCAUGACUGAAAAGCCAUGAACCAAAUCAUCUUUCAACAUGAUAGCGUUCUGUCAGAUGUUCACAUGUUGCUCCCCAAUGCCCACAACAUAAUGACGCGCCUCAACAAAGUAGGACAACCUGUUUUCAUCUCCAAAUUCAAGUUUUUAUCCAAUGCCGAAAAACAGGACAGGAAGUGUGAGGCAACGAGUGAAAACAGCGACUGUGAAGCAUAUGUUACGCAAGGAAAAGACAGAGAUGAGAAACAUGAAAGAACUGUAGCGCCAGCUUUGGAUGAGGAUGGAGAUCUCGACAUUCCAAACCGACCCAGGAAUAAUGUUACAGAGGAUUGCACCAGAGAAGUGAUCUGCCCUGUCAUUCUCAGACAAUCCGAUACAAGUGCAGUACAAAACGAAGUGAAUACAGAUGAUGAAGCAGACGAGUGCUUUGAUGACAUUAUACGGAUUGAGCAUACUAUGGCCACACCCCUGGAGGAUGUUGGCAAACAGGUUUGGAGAGGAGCAUUACUCUUGGCUGACUUCAUUCUUUCUCAGCCCCUCAUGUUCAAAGGCGCAACAGUUAUUGAGUUAGGAGCUGGUGUUGGUUUAACCAGUGUUAUCAUGUCCACGUUAGCCAAAAGAGUGUACUGCACAGAUGUCGGAGAUGACCUUUUAAGCAUGUGCCAGAGAAAUAUAGUUCUAAAUGAACAAAUGAUUGAGCUUGCAGGCGGGGAAGUGAGAGUGAGACAGUUGGAUUGGCUCCGAUCUGAUCUUUGCACAGAUGCUGAUGUGGAACUUAGCUGGACAGAGGAGGAAGUAGCUGAUAUACAUGACAAUGUCAGUUUCAUCAUUGCUGCUGACGUUUGCUACGAUGAUGAUCUGACCGAUGGCUUCUUUCGAACACUGUACCGACUGUGCAGUAACUUUGCUCACAAUUGCACCAUCUUUAUUUCCAUUGAAAAAAGGUUUAACUUCACCCUGCAAAAAAUGGAUGUAUCUUGCGACGCUUACAACCAUUUCCAACACUGCCUGUCGCAGCUUGAGGACAUGGUGGAUGGGAAAUGCCUGUUCACAGUAGAACAGCUUCCUUCUACGUUCCCCCAAUUUCUUCAGUAUGAACGCAUAGAUCAGUUGGAGCUGUGGAAGGUGACUGCCAAUAGAGUCUCAUUUGACAAAGACCAGUCCAAUUCCCAGGAAUUAACUUCUUGA